GGGGAAGUUAUGAUUGCACCAAUUAAGGAGCCCGCCCCACAAGUUAAUGAUUGCUGUCCCAGAAACUAUGUGAAGUGAGAUCCAACAUUCCUCCCGUCCGGUCUGCCUGCCCCGUGCUACUGCUAGCUAGCUCCUCCUCUUUAAAACCCUUGCUCUCCCCCACUUCUUUAUCACUUCCAUCUAUCCCAGCUCCAAUCCAUCCCCGGCCAGUUUCAGCUAGCUCCAUACAUACGCGCGGUGGUCGCGCGAUCAUAGAGAAGCGAUCGAGAAGCUACAAGUAAGGGAUCGGAGGGAUCAAUAAUGACGGAGAGGGCCGAGGACUUAGGUCUCAGCCUCAGCCUCAGCUCGUCGCUUGCAUCUCCUCGCACUCACCAUGUCGCCGCCAUGCUGCUCCGCUCUCCAGAGAAGAGGUUCCUGGAGACGAUGCCGCUGCUACCGGCAAAGCGGAGCGAGCUCACGCCGGAGGAGGGCCUGCGGGGCGCCAGCGACGAGGAGGACGGAGGCUGCGGCAUCGACGGCUCCAGGAAGAAGCUCCGGCUGUCCAAGGACCAGUCGGCCGUGCUCGAGGACAGCUUCCGGGAGCACCCCACUCUCAACCCUCGGCAGAAGGCAGCCUUGGCGCAGCAGCUCGGCCUGCGGCCCCGGCAGGUGGAGGUGUGGUUCCAGAACAGACGCGCCAGGACGAAGCUGAAGCAGACGGAGGUGGACUGCGAGUUCCUGAAGCGCUGCUGCGAGACGCUGACCGAGGAGAACCGGCGGCUGCACAAGGAGGUGCAGGAGCUCCGCGCGCUCAAGCUCGUCUCGCCGCACCUCUACAUGCACAUGUCCCCGCCCACCACCCUCACCAUGUGCCCCUCCUGCGAGCGCGUCUCCUCCACCGCCAACUCCGCAGCCGCCGCCGCGCCUUCAGACCGCCGCGCCUCCGAGGGCGCCGCCGUUUGCCACCGCCCCAUCGCCGUCCGGCCGCAGCAGUCGUGAGUCGUGACGGGCCGAUCGACCAAAACUUAACACGAUCGGCCGUGGCGCCACCAGUAGCUUCUACUAGCAUACUUAGCUUCUACACUAGCUAGAGCUGUGCACCGUACCUGUGUAAGCCGACACAGAGCAGUCUGCGCAUUUAUUCGAUCGUGCAAACUGUUUCCCUCGCUCUCUCGCUGUUAAUCUUGCUUCUUCUCUUUCUCUUUCAGUCUGUACCGCUGCCUGGCCCAGCAGAUUAUUAGUCUUAUAUUAUUGAUUAGUCGUCGUCGAGUGGUUAGCUAGACAGCCAUCUAGCUAGCUAGAAAUGAACGAGAGCGAUCACAGAUCAUGCUGUA